UCGUCAGAGAUAUAAAAGGUAGACUUAUUGUUAGACCUUAGACUUUCCAAAUUUUUUAGACUUUUUGACGAAGGCUAUAUAAAGGGCGUGUUCUUUCCUCAUAAUUGCAUAACCAAGCAAACUCCUUUUAAAUAUUUUGUUUCAAGGAUGAUAUGACCUUUUGUUAUAUUAUGUCAUCCAAUAAUUUAAUUAACUUUGGCUAUAUUUUAGACGAUCAAAACACACCGGCCAGAACAUGGGUGCUCGUAAUCCAUCAUGGGUUUGAAAACCAUGAGGACCCAAGGGUGGGAAACGACAAAGACAUAGAGAACCUGAGAGCAACUUUCACGAGAAGGAAUUGCGUAUUUGUCGAUUUGAAGUCAAACACGAGAAAUAGCAUUCUCUCAAAAAUAACUAACCAGGAUGACUUAUUUCAACUUUUCACUGGAAAAGCAGAUUAUUCUCAGAAUGACGCACCAGCGGUUCUUUUUGUGUUCAUCCUCUCUCACGGGAGAAGUGGUGGUGCCAUUGAAACAGACCAUAUUGACCCAGCAACAAAUGAUUGUGAGAUCUACUAUCAAAAGGACGUAUGGGAAGGUCUAGCAGGAAUGAUAUGCCUCCAGAAGUGCUUGAAAGUGCUUUUCUUUGGGCCGUGCAGGGGUUCAAAUGAAGAGUUAAGACUGCCAACUCUGGGCGCAAAUAUUGAGAAACCUCUAAAGAAAGAUGACGAGCAAAACAGGGAGGUGCCGAUAUGGGGAUCAAGUGGCCCUAACUGCGAAAAUUUUAUUAUAUUUUAUUCUGCAGUUGAAUCAACAAAAGCUCAGCGAAACUCGCAUGAGGGUAGCUGGUUUGUGCAUGAGUUUUGCAAAGAACUUAACAAAAUGAGCAAAAACUGCGACUUCACCAUUUUCUUAACGAGGGUUCAAAAACAAAUCAGUUUAAGAACAUCGAAACAUAACACCUUUAUUGGUCAAACGCCGCAGCUGCAUAUUUUCAAGCACAAGAAAUUCACAGUCUACGGAACUUAUCCCCUGCAAGUUAGUCCUCGUGGAAAUCAACGCGGAGAGUCAAAGCAAAUUGGCACUGAUAGUGAGGAGCGCCAAGAUUUUUAUCCUUGGAAAUCACGCGAAGACCUCCUCUUUCGAAGAGGCCGCGCGCUUAUUUUCUACGACUCGAAACAUUCAAAAAAGGCAGAAGAGGCGAAAAAGAGUUUCCUAUUCCUUGAAUUUGAAACAAAGACAUAUGGGAUCAAGCAGUUGGAAUGUGUCUUGAAAAAAGUUUCCAAUGCAAAUGACUGCGGUCUGCAAGAGGAAGGCUGCUUUGCCGUGUGCAUUAUGGCAAGUCUGAUUGACAAUAAAGAUGACGGACUCACUAUUUGCACAGAUGAAUUGAGGAAACCAGUGAAUGAAUUGAUCACACCACUGAUAGGUGUCAACUGUAAGGAUCUUUCUGGGAAACCAAAGUUGUUUUUCUUUUUGGACAAUGGUGGCCAAGAAGAUGAUCGUCAUGUUGCGCGGACGGACAGGGAUUGGGAAGUUCCAUCCAACAAUCACGCAGAAAUCUUUACAUUUGUCGGAAUUGGACAGCCUCAUGGAAAAAAUAUCGUUACUAGAUUAAUCAAUGGGCUGCGAAAUCCCCAGCUAAAAUGCGGAUUGAGUUUACAAGAGGCCGUCGUCAAUGUCAUUCGCGCGGGCGACGAUGAUGCAACUUCAAAAGGUCAAAUUAAACCGCAAGUUUCAAGUACCCUGCACAACUUGUUAGAUUUUUCUCCGUGCAAAAAUACGUACAUUAAGCCUUCUUUCGCUCGUGGAAAUGAAAAUGUAUCGUUUGAUCAAUUGAGUCACGAGAUCGCAGAAUCAGCCAAAGAUCAGUCUCAAGAGGAAGGGAGAAAUCGUUUUUGGUUAAUCAAUGCAGCCGCAGGAUAUGGAAAGUUGGCUGCGACCAUUGAAAUGGCCAAAGCAUUGGCAGACUUGCUCCCGGAGUUUCAAAUUAUCAAUUUCUCAUUGAUGCGUAUAUGCAAAUAUUUGAAAGAUGUUCAAACGAAUGGUGCUGAUACAGCGGAUGUGCGUGAUUUUCUGAAAAAAGCCUCGCAAAUUAAUGGAAGCGAUCUUGCUCAAUUUGAGGAAAAAUUUGUCAAAAAGCAAAUUGUGGUGCUUGUUGACGGCUAUGAUUCAGUUUUGACUUAUGAAGAUGUCGUUCUACAAUUUUUGACGGAAAUCUAUGAAAAGCAACUGUGCCUAUGGGUCGCAUCUCGUCCUCACCAGCUAUCCAAAAUAAUCGAAAAAAAUUUUCAACUGAGCCAAUUGAAAAUAUGCCCCAUGAGCCGCGAGGAGCAGUUAAAUCUUUUGAGAACGAUGCUCUUCAAAAACGCCGAAGAGUGCGAGGAACUCUUAUCAAAACUCAAACCCAACAACGAUUACGGCGUUCCCUUUACUGGAACCCCCCUUCAAUUGAAAAUGAUAGCUGAAAUUGCCGACGAUGUGGUAGAAGGAAUGAGCAUAUCGUCUCUCUACCACAAGUUUUUAUUUUCCAAAUUGGAUUCCGCUUUAAAUAAAACCUACGGAACGGACAAGAGCAAGAGGGGUUACUAUGAAUUAAUUCAACGAAGCGUAGAACUGCUAAUGGUGGCUGCUUUCAAUUGCGUUUACCGAGAAAAAUUGCCAUCCCCCGAACUAAAAUUGUCCGUAAAAAUGGAAAAGGAUAUCCGCCAAAUUAAUCAACUCGGAAUUGCGUCUAUUACUAGUGAAGAUGGCGAGGUGUUUGUCAUUUUUGAACAUCAAACCUAUGCCGAAUAUCUUAUCAGCAUGUUUUUUCUCACAAAAGCCGGCCACUAUACAAACGAAGAUUGCGAAUGCUACCUGGAAAAUGUUGACGAUAUAAAUUUGAGUGACCUUUUUCUACGAAACCAAUUUGAACAGGUGCGGCUAUUCAUCGAUGGAUUCUUCGUAGGUUCUGACAGCGAAUCCAAAAUUCAAAAGACUAAACUUGAUGAAUGCUGUCAGAAAAAUGAUUUACAAAGUAAAUCUGCUAUUCUAAUAUCCUACGUGUGCAAGGAAGGCUUGGCAAGGCUCUUUAAAUUAUUUUUCGAGUCUGAAUACAGAGAGACUUUUGAAAACAUUCCUGCGUUAAUCAACACGCCCUACUGUUACAAAUAUCGUGGCGAAAACUUUCAAUACUAUCCCCUGUAUGCAGCAUGCUAUUCUAAUGAUGAAGAACUGGCUUUGCAUCUGUUGAACUUAGGGGCAGAUAUCAAGUUGCUUGACCCCAAGCGUUGCCACAUUGAGGAAAAAGAUACGCUUCUGCACCUUGCUGUUAAAAAAGGGCUCGAAAAGGUUAUUGAUAAGAUCAUGAUGGUGGUGCCUCAGAUGAUUGUGGAUGAAAAUCGAAAUGGGAAGUCGCCGUUAGACAUUGCAGCUGAGCAGGAUAACUUAGAUUGCGUCAAACGAUUGAUAACAAAACCAACAUUACCUGACAGUGUAAAAUUAUCUCUGAGGAAAAGAGCUUUGAGGAUUGCAGCGAAGAAAGGCAACGUCAAAAUGGUUUCAUAUUUAAUGAAUGGUGCAUUUGAAGAUCCCUACUUGCAAGAAGAUUCAGAAAACGUCUCCCCACUUUACUUUGCAGCUUGUCAUGGAAACAUUGAACUGAUGAAAUAUUUGAUUGACAAUGAUGCUCGCAUAGAUAUAAAUGUUGAGGGUACUGAUGGGUACACUCCGAUUCAAGUUGCAUGCGAAAAUGGAAGUGUUGAGGCCGUAAAAAUACUUUUGGAGUGCGGAGCGAAUAUAAAUUCUGUAACAAAAGAGCGUGGAAGCACUUUACUACAACUUGCUGUUUGGAGCAAUAAAUUGGCUUGCGUAGAAUUUCUGUUGCAAAAUUCUGUAGACAUUGACAGAGUGGAUAAAAACGGUGAAACUGCUUUUCAUUAUGCUGCUGGUUAUUCAAAAUGUUUGGAUAUCUUGAUAAAACUCAAGAAUGAUGGAGCCAAUAUACAUUGUUUAAGCACGAGUAAGUACGGAGACAAUAACGACCGAUUUCGUGUAAGUGCAUUGGAUAAGUCAGCCAUGUAUUGCGCGGUCGAGUGUUUGAGAUACUUGCUGCAGCUCAAAUGCUAUUCAUUGCUCGUAAAAAAGCGUGCAUUCUGGAAGUGUUUGGCUCACCAUUCAUAUAUGCUCGAAGAAUUGGCUGAUACAAUAGAGGUGUUCUUACAAGACGGAUUAUCCGCCGACAUGGAUUUCGAGGACAUGGCAGGAAAUAAAACGAAACCUAUUAUCAUUAUGGCUGAAAAAUCAUCAGAGUGUUUAACGAAAAGACAACAUUGGCCUCAUGAGCGUCCUCAGACGGCGCAGACCUUGCACGAAGAAGAUUCACAAGCAAACGAAGACGGACCUUUCUAUCAUAUUCCCGUGGAGAUUGCCUUAGUUUCAGCAUCCAAAGAUAAAAAUGCAUACAUGAAAUGCAUUCAACUCUUAAUUGACAAUGGAGCCAAUCCUAGUCCCGCCUUAUACACCGCCGCGAAGGGUGGAGAUCAUGAUUUGAUAGAGAUGUUGCUAAAAAACGGCGCAGACGUAAAUUAUAUGGUCUACUCAUUAGAAACUGCUCUGCACAAAGCAGCCAAAGAGGGACAAUUAAAAGCCGCGAAAAUUCUUCUUUCUAAAGGAGCUAAUAUUAACGCCGAAACAAAAUUUGGCAUCUCACCUUUGUCCCUCGCCGUUGAGGAAGGUCACGCAGGUAUGGUUGAAUAUCUCCUAGAACGUGGCGCCGAUACUUCUUCCUUGAUGUACGCCUCAACCUUACUGGUACACGACGAGUAUGCUCCAAUCACUCAAGCCGCCAGAAAGGCUCGGGAGGAUUUAGUGAACAUGAUUUUGGCAAAAGCGCCAACUGAGCUGAAACAGAAGUUAUUGAGCCUAUCUCUUCUCGGAGCCAUUAGAGCGAAAAACGAGGAAUUUUUUGAAAUGUUGAUCAGCCUAGGCGCUGAUAUUGAGGUAUUUAAAAAAGAUUUUCCCCAUGAGACAAUUAGUUUUGAUGUCAACGAUGACUAGACGUGGUUUGAGUUUUGUUUGAGAUGAUGACUGAAAGGAUUUUGCAAAGUUCUGUACAAGUGAAAUAAAAUUAUACAUUUUUUUCUGUAUUUUUAUGAUUUUUAUUAUACUUCUUCACUAAAAUUGUAUGUACAUUUAAAUUUUAUUAUUUACGAUAUGGUUGGAAAACAUUUUAUCAUUUAUAAACUAGUGAAUAAUUUUGCUGAUUUUUGACAACAAAGAGAUUCUUCUACGGCUACUGCAUUAUGAUACACAUUUAUAUGUUAAAGAAUCUCUCACAACUAAUAAAUUUAUAAUUUUUGAAACUAAUCCGUUUUAAAUAAUGCACAUUUACAUCAACCCUCUUGAUUUUGAUAUCCAUAGCAAAGCGACCAGUAAUUGGCCGCACGAUGCAUCAGUUGGUGAAAAAAAAGAGUACAAAUGAGAAACAUUCUACUGAUUUUUCAAUAAUUACAUUGAUCAAUCCCUGAGUAAAAAAAGAAUUCAGUAUGAUUUUGCGCGGUAGUCAGGGAUUUGUUGCAGAGGAAUAAAAAUCAAAAUUCGAGUGAAGGUAUUCGCGUGUUUUGGCGUCCAUUUGAGAUCACACACCG